CAGCUUACACCUUCAGACGUCGAGUGGCAGUCGAACUAUUAAGACGUGCAUUACGGACUCUGCAAGCUUUGAAACCCAACAAGCAGCAGCAACAACAACAACUACUAAUACCAACAACAAUUCAGUUUAAAAUCAACUUCAAUCUCCUUUUACUUUUCGCGUUACCAUAUCCGCAAACGUACAUGUAUCUUUAAGGUACAACAACGUUAAAACUUUCCUUAAGCGCACAAUCAAAUUAAACUGUGAUAAAUAUUUUCCGAAAAUUGUGAAACAAUUCGAAAUAAAAAUAUUUAAAAAAUUUUUAUUGAAACAGAACUGUGACAAAUUAAAUUGUGAUAAUAAAUUUUAUGAGAACCAAGUGAACGUUUGUUUUCACUAUAAAGGAGUUUUUUUAUUGAAAUAUUUUCAUUAAUUUGUGGAUUAAUAGCUCAUGACCGAGAAGGAUAACGUCUCAAUGGCAACCGUGCAAAUGAAACCAGACUAUGCUGCUAGCGAAGUCUACAGCACCGCGAGCGAGGCUCCACCGCUGGGAUUUUUUAACUUUAAUCAUCAGGCCUACAAGCGUCAAUCGAAUUCAGUGAAAAUCGCCAAAAUCACUGCUUUUACGAUUAUUGUAUCGUCCUUUGUAUUGGGCUUCUUCAUUUUGGCUUCCUCGUAUCUGCAAGCCAAAGCAUCAUGCGAUCAAGUACAGGCAUUAGAUUCUGUAUUGGAAAAGGAGCUCAUGUUAGAAACUUUGCAGCAAGUCAAUAAGGUAACCAAAGUUGCUUUAGCAGCAAAUACAACAACAGCGCUAACUACACUAGGCAUUGGCAACAUAGCUACUACGCUGGCUGGUGGCGGCAUAGCUCAUGUGUAUUGCAGUCGUAAAUUUCUCAUGCAUAGUCAAUUGUUGCAAAGGCAAGUUGCUUGUUUAAGUCUUUCGAUUUGA